AUGAUGAUGCUUGACAAGCCGCGUAGCGAGAGCAGAAGCGUCAGUUUAGCAUCCCCCCGGGGAUCUUCCUUCGAGCGGCACCCGGCGGACACGGCGAACAGAAGCGUCUGUAGCUACUCCUUCGGGAGUGACGACGCCGGUGGGUCUGGCCGCAGUUUGCAGGAGAACGACCGCAUGACGGAGUGGGGCACUAGCUUCAUGGCUCAGUUCUUCGACUCGAUCGAUAUUGAGGACGCCCCCGCCGACCCCCGCCACGGCGGUAAUAGCAGCAGUGACAGGGAGAAGGGGAAGCGUGGGUCGGAGCGUGAGCCGGUGGCAAACAGCACUUCCUCUGCCAUGAGUAACGACAGGAAUGACAAGAUAGAGAAGGUGCCGGACACGCAAGACAUGCACAAGAAGGUGAAGCCGCUUCCACUGGAGAAGAAGUCAUAUCGCGAUUACCUCGCGAGGCCGCGCGAUGCGAAAGUAACGCACUCUCAGCCUCCAGGUUUUCCGGUGCCUUUAGGUGUUUCUCCAUGGGGAUUCCCUGGGGGCAUGAAUAUGCUGCAGCAAACAUACCCGUCUCCACAGCCGCCCGUCGCGCUUCCGCCUGUGAGGCCCCUCCCUCGUCCACAAAAUCGGCAAUGGAGCCAGCAGGCGGAUGUCGCACAUUUCGCGCCGCAGCCGGGCAGCGGCCCUUUCCCGCCGACGUCACCAUGGCAUUCCACGGAGCUUCCGCCAGUGCGAAUGCCCGCGCAUUUGAACACGGUGCCGAUGGGCAUGUAUCAGUACAAUCGCACCCACAUGAUGGCCCCACAGGAGCAGCAGCUCAUGAUGCAGAAGCAGCAGCACUAUGUGCCGGCGGCAUCGGUGUAUCCACAGCCACCGCCAGAAACCCAGCGUCGGAGCGUAAACAUCGCAAAGGUCAGGCGUCAGGCUCUGUCGGCCCGGCAGUCUUCACGGCAGGGGAUGCGGAGGCAGCCGCAGAAGUGA